AUGGCAUACUGGCCCAAUGGCAUACUGUCUCAAUGGCAUAGAGACCGAGCUCCUUCAUUCGCACCCAUAGCUUGCGAACCGCGAGUCAGCUCCAACUCCCUACCGACGAUGACGCUGGCGCUGCUAUGCCUGGUACUGAGGUCACUACGGGUGAUUGCACAGCCCGGGGUUACGCAGAAGAAGGGUGCAAUCGGCGGGAAGAAGAUGCCUGCCACCACCACAAAGAAUGAGGAUGGUACCGAGAAAAAGGACUCACAAGAAGAAGCGCAAACCCGACACUACCAACUUCCAGGCGUACAGAAGCAGACGCACUCUGACCGCCCAAUUCCCGAGACUGCAAUGUGCAUCAUGAACGACUUUACCAAGGGUUCCUCGUUCCUCGCCUACAUUACUACAUCGAGUCGCCGCUCUGGGCCGAGAUCCCUUCCACUGUCGCCUCCUCGCGUCCACGUUCCCCUGAUUCGCAAGCCCGGAAGCUCAACCUUGAUGAGUCGUCCGCCGCACACCCUCCGAGCUCUCAGGACCAGCGUACUCGUCGCGCUUCCUCACUCUCGCCAAUCCAGUCCAGCCCACCUUGAUGAUCUACGCCAUGGCGUGGAAUAG